AUGUCACCAGUGCUUCAUAACCCUCAACCAUUGGAAUCAGUCCGCCGCGUGGUCGUUGGCCACGAUGAGAGGGGCAAUGCCGUAGUUCAGAGCAAUGAGCUCAUGUACAAUGAAGAUAUGGCCAUUGUACCGGGCGCCAAGUCGUCCGCUAUCUGGGUUACGACAGACGGCCUUCCGACAAAUGACACCAACAGCAUGGAGGACGGUGCCACUCGUGUGAUUGAGCCAAGUGAAAACUAUGGGCUGGUUCCUCCAAGAGGGACCAACGUCCGAUCUACUGACCUUGCGCCAGGCGCUAUCACUCCGAUGCAUCGUACUUCGUCGGUGGACUACAACAUACUUGUGGAGGGAGAAAUUGUGCUCAUAACAGAAGACGGGGCGGAGACCCAUCUCAGGAACCCAGGCGACACUGUAGUCCAGAAAGGAACCAUGCAUGCCUGGCGGAAUCCUGGUGCAUCGUGGGCCCGAUGGGUCAGUGUGCUGAUAUCUGCGGAGCCCGCUGUUGUCAACGGUCGGGUUCUUCACCCUGAAUUUCACCAAUGA